AUGGACGAUUCGCAAUUUGCAGACGUGAGCACCCUACUUGUCACAGCGGAUAAUCCAGCGCGCGGUGAUUUUCUGGGUCUGGAUCACAGACGAUGUGUCGCUCUACACAAUUACCUGGUUCGCUACGCUUGGACCGCUGAAGGAGGCUCGCUCGCUAGUCUGAAUGGCAACAAUAAGACAUUCUUCACCACCUACGGAGCUGCGGCGGAGGCUCUUCGCGAACGACUCGACCCCUCAUUGGCAGCUUUUCUUCACGCUGCUCUAUUGCCUCCUGAUGGGCUUGAUGAUCUUGAUCCAGCUCCAUUCUUCUAUUUCGUUGCCGGAUUCUGUGAGCCUGGCGAAUUUUUUGCCCGAGAAGCGGCCGACCUGUUCGACGAGCCAGUCGACAGCCUGAUCUGCUUGUAUUAUCCUAACAUUGGCCAGGGCGGAGAAGGAGGUGGCGGCCUGCUCUACCAUCAAGGUUAUCAUCUUGCUGCUGUCUUGAUGCAUAUGGACGACUACGACUAUGUGCUGCCUGUUGAGGCGCAUCGAGAGCUGUGGCACCCUCUCGAGACCGUGCUCUCCAACUGGAUCCAGUUGAUUCAUCUCGGCAAGGCCCAGGUUACGGCUUCACCUAGAGAUACCCCGGGCCUGUAUGGCAGCGAAAAGAUCGGGCCAUGGGAGUGGCGGCCGUAUAGCGAAGCCCAAGUUGCAGCUUGUAUCGACGCGUGGGAUCGACUGUGCGAGGCCAUCGAGACACGUAUAUCACUAGUUAGCGGUAGUAACAACAACAGCACCGCCGCCACUAAUGCUGUCAAUCCAGAACCACUGCUCGAUCCUGAAAUCUUGGAUGCAGCUUCAUUGCCCAAUCCCUGCUUUGCGCGCUCUUUUCUGACGCACGCACGUCGGCCUCUUUUCCACAGCAUUGCUCCAGGUCUUGUUCUACCACCUUCAGACGCGGCUGGGUUCGUGGCAGUCCAGCCCUUCACUGGAUUGCCUCGUGCCCAUCACACCAUACCACCAGUAUGUCUCUUUCCUGCUGCAGAAGGCGAGCCUGAGGUUGUCCUGACGCUAUCAUCAAACCCCUUUUGCAAUGACUUCCGUGCAACCACUGCCGAUUCACCCGUGCCGUCCCGAGUGGGCGCCGGUGUCUACAGCCAGUCCGUCGAUAGGGAUGCAUGCCAUGACUAUGCCGAGGAGGGAUUUUGGUUACUACUGCCGUACAGCUUCAAGAGUGAUUGGGAUGCAGCUGAGGGCGCGCGGAAAAGCGACGGGUCGUUAAUUGCUAGGGACAGAUUGGCAGAUCUGUUCCAGCAUGGAUACAAACCUUUUGGUGGUGACUAUUACCGUCCUCAGCGGCUGGAGCGUUUGUUCGACUGCUGGUGCAAACUCGUUGAUCAAGGCAUAUGGUCUGUUGGGCCACAAGGGGUACAAGGCGCCAUUGAUACAUUCACGGAGGCUGGAACAGCUCGUUGGAAGGAUUAUCUCAUCUCUCCUACGUGGUAA